UAACAGCGCUGCUCUCCAAACGUAACGAGACCUAGGUCGUAGCCAAGCUCUCUAAAAACAUCAUAUCAGGCAGAAUGACCACUCUUCCCAAGAUCUUCAUCACCGGCGCAACCGGCUACAUCGGCGGCGAUGCCCUCUACGCCAUCUUUGCCAAGCAUCCUGAAUACAAAUACACUGUGUUGGUUCGGUCCUCGGAAAAGGCCGCACAGGUCCAAGCCCAGUACCCUUCCAUCAGAGUUGUCAUCGGCGACCUAGACGACUCUGCCCUGUUGGAGAAGGAGAGUGCUGAAGCUGAUAUCGUUUUACACACCGCCGACGCCUCCGAUCACGAAGGUGCCGCGAAUGCCAUCGCAAAAGGUCUAGAAAAAGGCCACAGCAAAGAAAAGCCCGGAUACUGGCUGCAUACCGGCGGCACGGGUAUCCUUACGUUCCAUGACACGGAUCGGAACGUGUUUGGUGAAGGUAGUGACAAGGUCUAUGAUGACUGGGAUGGAGUGGACGAGUUGUUGAAUCUCCCGGAGCAUGCGUUUCAUCGCAAUGUGGAUCGGGUAGUACUGGACACGGCGAAAGCGAAGGGGGAUGUGGUGAAGACGGCGUUGGUUUGUCCGCCUACUAUUUAUGGACGUGGUCGAGGCCCUGUAUCCGUGCGUGGGCGACAAGUCUACGAGCUGGCCAAGGUGACCCUGCAAAUCAAAAAGGCACCGCUCAUUGGAGAUGGGAAGUCGGUUUGGAAUAACAUCCACAUUUACGAUUUGAGCGAGUUGUAUGUGCUGCUUGUAGAGGCGGCCGUGCAUGGACGUGAUGAUCCUGAGCUGUGGGGGGAGAGGGCAUAUUAUCUCACUGAGAAUGGGGAGCAUGUUUGGGGUGAGCUGGCUGUGGCGACGGCUUUGACUGCGACAGAGCUAGGUUUGCUUUCUGCUGUCGAGAAGGAAAAGAUCAGUUUGGAGGAUGCGAAGAAGUAUGGCGGGUAUGAGGCGCUGAGUUGGGGAUUGAAUUCUCGGGGACGUGCCAGGAGAGGAGCCAAGGUGUUGGGAUGGACGCCCACGCAGCCGAGUAUUGAGGCGACGUUGCCGGAGAUCUUGGAGGACGAGGUAAAGAGGCUGACCACUCAAGCACAGAGGGCAUAGUCCGGAUGCAUGUGGGGAUAGAACUAUAGCUAGCUAUCCAGCUUCAUCUACACGUUACAUGCACUACCCAAUCGAUGCAGCAG